UUCUGAUGCUUCAGUAUGCUUGGCAAGAAGGAUUACAAUAUUCUUCUUCUGGACCAAGUGGGUCAUUCUACGGGAGCCGUUGAUCGCAGUGGCAGCUAUAUGUCGGCAUUUCGUCAAACCAAGCUCGCUCAUCUAAGUAGAGAAGAGCAGUUUGCUUCUCAUACGCAGCGUACUGCUUCCACGUCCGCACAAACUCCACCACCAAAUGUCACUAUGUCUGGCUGGUAAGUGUGCGGCUCUGCCAUAUAGCGUGAGCGAAAUCGCGCGGCUAGAAUCCACCUUUCGGUGCCUCCGCUCACUGCGACGAAGAUGGAAAUGGUCUUAUCUCGUGCAGAGGCGUCGAGCAUGCCGCCGCCAGCGUCAUCGCGCCUUGCGAUGAGCACGAUUACCGGGAUGGUCAUCGGCGCUUUGUGCCUCUUUCUCCUGGUGAUCACCUAUCAGCUCAUCCCACGCCUCCACCACAAAGUCCCAGCACGUAACAGCAUCGGCGUACUGCCGGCACCUAAGGCUCGUGCGGGCCACCGUCUGUCCCUAUUCGGACGCAUCGGCGCCUUGUUCUCUCGACUCAUCCUACUUUUUAUCUCGGGAUCCAAAACGGGUGCCACGACAGCGCCCGCUUCAGAAAGACACAAAUCUUUCCAUUCGUUCCAUCUAUCCUCGCAGCAACGCCGUGAUGGGAAAUCCACUGGAGAAACGUUUUCCACCCGGCUUCGUCUCAAACUGCAUAUACUACCUGCCACGGAUCUUUUGUCUCCGCGACCGCUGGGAGAUCAUAAGCACUACCGAAAGCUCGACGAUAACAAGGACUGCUAUACACAGAUGCCGAAGAAGGCAGUCAUGUCUCCUUGGUCUCCUCGAGAACAAGACUUUCCGUACUCGUCGGUCCCCACUCCUUCGUCGCUAUCCAAGGCUCCUUGGGGAUUCGAUGAGCCACCUCCUUUCUCUCCCCCUCCAGCAUAUGUCCCUGGCACGCCCAUUCGAUACGCACUCUCACCAACCUCUUCUGCUGUGCCUUCCCCUCUGAGAGACGGGACAGACCACAGGGAGAUACGAGAGUCAAUGCACGAGGCAAUCGAUCUCUCGGAGGUGGUCGUCGUUGAGCCUUCUCGUCCCGAAGGACAAACACCUGCGGGGGCAUUUGUGAUAUCGGAUGACAUGGACUCAUUCAGUGAUACCUCAAGUAUAUCCAGUGUGUGGUCGUCCUGUACCUUUGAGGAGAUCGUAUAAGCCCCCUAUGUCUUUUCAGCUCGUCGUACAUUGUCUGCAGCGUUUCACGAAUAUGUAUUGACGUUGACAAUCAAGGUGUUGUGAACAGCAAGGACGAUUAUAUGGAUUCAG